UAUUUAAUUUAAAACUCCCAUUGCGAUCACAAUGCCAUCUAACGUCGAAUAGCUUUAAUUAAUAGUACAUUUUUCAUCCGAUAGAUGACAUAAAACAUUUAAAAAAAGUAUUAUUCGCGUAUGGCAAUCCUAAUUAAAAAAGUCGAAAGCAGUCGAUGUUCUGUCAGUGUCAAUGUCAAAAUGUCUUCAAAAUAAACUCAAAUUUUGUAACGGUGGUAUUUUUGAAUAUUUUAUUAAAAUGUGUUUAUGUUGGUAAAUGUGGUUAUUUUUCGGCUAGGAAUAUAGGCUAUAAUGGCCUCAACUAUGUCUCAAAACGCAAAGAAAAGUCGGUAUAAUAAGUUAACAUUAAAGAAGAAUAGACCGAAAGAUAUACAAGAUAUAUCUAAAGCAAGCAGCCCAGAGGUGAUCACACUUGACGAUACUUUUGACCGACUGAGGGCCAGUCUCAAUAUUCAGAAGUCUCCACCGAAAAUAUACUCUCCAAUAAUUCUAGAUGACUCUACAGAUGUAUCCUUUGAGAAGGAAUUACCGAAGAUCUCACUUUCCACAUCAGGAACAAAGACACCCAGCAAAAUGGGAAAUGUAUCUUUCAACCAUUCACAAAUUAACAUCUCAACGGAAAUCACCGAGUCCAGGCCAAGUCUUGCCGCAUGCUGGUCUCCAGCGCAGAGCAUCAUCUGUGCCACUCCGAGACAACAGACAGUACCGUCCACCCCGAGAGAUAGAGCCAACGAAUCAUCAGAACAAUGCUCUAUAAAGAAAAUACAUCAGUCACAAAAGAAACUCUUAGAUGAACUAUACGGAGAAGUAUGGAAAUCAAUACCAAAUCUAUUUAAGACAGCAAAGAGAAAUGACAAUAAUAGCGGGUGUACGAAGAAACUAGACUUUGAUGAUGAUGACAGUGACAAAGAAAAUAAUAUAAGAAAGCAUAUUAAAGUUAAUAAAGAGCUGUAUUUGACUGGUUCUGAUGCUAAACGAAAAGUGAGGGUCGAUGAUACAGAGAUUGAGAGGAAAUCUAAGAAGAAACUGUACACUGAAUUAGUUCCGAGCACUCCGGAGCCAACAAAAACUAAACACAAAGUGAAAAGACAUGCAAAUACAACAUCUAAAAAAGUUUUGAAAGGAAAGUCGGUAACUGAAAUAGUUGACAUUAUAAAGGAUAAAUUUGAUGUGAAUGAUUUGACGAAGAAAGUCGAGAAAGUCCAAUUGAAAAACCCAGUUUUCGCAACUCCAGUACAGGAAAGUGUGAAACGACUCAGCUUUAUUGGAUCUUUGGGAGAAAACGUGCCCAACUGGCGCUGCCACCCGGAAGCGUUCCAAUACCGCGACAACUACAAGACUCUGCGGGAGAAGCUCACGAGGCGACUGUUCGAAGACUUCAACAAGAAUGUGUUUGCAGACGGACUGGAGGCCGACAUGCCUGUGGUUUGGGACUCUAAGUUGAGAAGCACUGCUGGCACAACAACGAACCGCCUCAUCAAAACCUCAACAGGCGUCAGAACACGAACCAGCUCAAUAAAACUAUCUCUCAAAGUGCUGGACGCCCCCUGUCGGCUGAGAGACACAUUAAUUCACGAGAUGUGCCACGCGGCCACCUGGGUCAUCGACCAGGAGUUGAGAGCCGGGCAUGGGCCGCUGUGGAGGAAGUGGGCGACACGAGCACUGGCCGUGUAUCCUGAGCUGGGCGAGAUCUCGCGCUGCCACGACCUCGAGAUACACUUCAAGUACUCGUACAAGUGUGGGAAAUGCGGAUAUACCAUCCACCGGCACUCCAAAUCAAUAGACGUGACGAAAAAAUGCUGCGGUUACUGCCGCGGCACAUUUGAACUCGUUCUAAACAAGAAAAACAAAGAUGGCGUCGUCAUAUCCACCCCAGCCAGGCAAGGGGAAGCCAACCAGUUCGCUAAAUACGUGAAAGAAAACUACGGAACGUUAAAAAGCGGCAGAACUCAUGCUCAAGUUAUGAAAAUGUUGGGAGAACAGUUUUCGGCUAAGAAGAAUAAAGCUGUUGAUAGCUGAUACUUUUGUGAUUGUAG